ACUUGAUGGUACUGCUUUGUUGACUAGGCCAAGCAGCAACACACGAGCCACCAAUAGCCAACCAAUGGUGCGGAAGCAACGUCCUUAGCGUUCCCAGUGGGAGUGGAGUCUCAUGUCCACCAGUAGGGUUUUGGUGUCACCACCAGUGACUAGGGGAUUUGGAGCUGCUUUUGUAUUGCUCUUGCUCUAACGGGCAAACCGUCAAUCAGCGCAUGGCAGCCACGGUGAAAGGGCGAAAGCGAAAAAAGAAACAGCUGUGAUUUUGGUGUGCAGCGCCGUGCAGCGUGGCAAUGUGUUUUAAGUCUGUCUCACACCCACUCAUACCUUGUCCAAGCCUUUUCCUUGUGCUGGGCCUUGCCUGCUAUGAAAGUUUAGAUGUAGCGCAUUGGCCCAAAGCUUUUACUUCCAAACCAUGCUGCUGACAAAGUUGACAAGAAAGGAAGAAAUUUUGCAGAUACUGGAGCGCCUGAAGCACGAAAAGCUUUGCUUGAGCUGCUGAUUGGGUGUGAUCACCUCCUAUCUUUUUGAGUUCUCUUUUUGCAUAUUUUGAAGUUUGAACGCUGAACAUGUUCUGUUAUUGUGUUCCUUUUUGUUUUGCACUUUUGGAAGAAGCCGUCUAGCUUGGUUGAGGAAUGAACAGCACAGCGAAGCCUAUGCAAUUUGUCGUGAUUGCCAACGUGUCCUUUGACUCCAUGAAGUCGAAGAGAACAUGGCUGAACAUUGCGACAGUACAUUAUAGUUGGCAAAAGGGGCCCCUAAGAGGGCAAAAAACACUCCAAGUUGGACCGAUAUCAGGGCACAGAAAAAGAGAACACUGUUUUUGCGCUUGUGUCCUUUUGCUUUUUCUGGUUCAAGGUUGAGGGUUGAUUCAGUAUCAAAAUUAUUGAACACCACCUGAAUUAACCUAUUCGGGAAGUUUAGCAUGUGCACUCACUUUCAUUAACUUGGCGCUCCAGCCGCCAGCCACGCCAUGAUCAACCGUGGGUUGCCUGGUGUGAAGCAAGUUCAAAAUUCCAAUUGUUUUUUUUGCUGGGGGGGGUCAGUGGACGACGCUUUCCUUUGCGUGCCGGAAGGCCUACAUGUACCUGCUGGACACGGUGACCGUCGGUGUGGGCUUUCCCGAAAAGUUCGAGAACUUCUCGACGGUGCAUCGUGUGGGCUAUCAUGAGUACCGCGCGUCUCCCUUCCCGUCUUCGAACAUUUGCCUCUUUGGACAUGGCGUGGUCGAAAGCUAUCGGAGCAAUUUCGACACGGCACUUGCGAAGCAGGACGGGCUUUGGUUCGAGAGCGGCCACGCCCCGCGCGGCGUCCGGCAAUUGGACAAGUUCGCGCGCACGAUCUCGCCGCUGAAGGCGCGAGAGGAGCACGGGGAUCCGCUGGAUGUCUACGGCACGGGCUUUCCGCGUCGCGUCUUCUGGUAUCCUGACCUCGAUCUGUACAAGUACAUCUUCUGGAAAGGCCAUGGCGAUCUCACAGGUCAAAUCCAGAUGGAUGGGUUGAAUAUUUUGGGAUGGCUCGACAAUCCACAUCGCUUUUAAUUUAUGCGAACAUCACUGAAC